AUGAGCGCAUUACGCGCUUUCCAAGAAAAAAGUGUAAUAGCCCGCCCUCCUGAGAAAAGCUCAAUCGCUGGGGACGAAUAUGAAGAAGACGACGAUAUAUAUGGUUCCGGUCAAACAGCCCCAGACCGAUGUUCUAGUUUAAAACCUCUUGGGUGUCCUUAUGGAAAGUUUAAGGUCAAGAAAAAAUAUGCCUUAAUGUACGGGCAUAUACUUGAGAAGAGAAAAGCUUUCAUUACCAUUGGAAUCCCAACAAUUAAAAGAAUUAAAGCAAAUUAUAUUGAGGCCACAAUUACUAAGUUGAUUCGACACCUGACACCUGAUGAUUAUCCAGAAGUAGUUAUUGUUGUUUUCUUGGCGGAUUUCGAUCCUGAGAUUCGUAGCGAAAGAGCUGAAAGCCUAUCUCAUACUUUCUCUAAAUACAUUGAGAUGGGUUUGUUGCAAAUCAUUCAAUCUCCACGGUCAUUUUAUCCUAAUGCCUUUUUGUAUAACAGCAAAGAGAACGAAGGUGGUUCAUUCAAUAAAUCUAAAAAAUUAACUCGAUGGCACCAAAAGCAGUCUUUAGAUUACUCUUAUUUAAUGGCAUAUUGCAGUCAUUUAUCUGCAAAGUAUUAUUUGCAAUUAGAUGAUGAUGUAGACACCGCGCCUCAUUAUCUGGCUGCUAUUAAAGACUUUAUCAAUCAGCAAGCCAGAUCAUGGGUAUCACUAGAUUUUUGUGAGCUUGGGUCAAUUGGCAAAUUGUAUCUAGUAUCAGAAAUCAAUUUAAUUGCUAAAUUUGCUUACUUCAUGUAUCGAGAGCAACCAAUCGAUGCUUUAUUCCGAUUUUACAACUCAAUAAAUAUGCAAAUAGAAUCAAGAUUGCGAACUCCUUCUGUAUUUCAGCAUGUCGGAUACUAUUCAUCAAAUAAUAAAACGCAAGACGUUAAAGACAAAUAUUUCGAAAUUAUAGAAACUGAACGUGAAUACAGAGGUGAUAAUCCACCAGCUAUUGUUACAUCAACAAUGAAGGUUUUUAAACAGCAUACACCAGAGUUGUGUUACGGCAAAUCACCUGGAUACUUUUGGGCUGCAAACCCCCAGAAAGGUGAUACACUGUUAAUUAAAUUCCAUGUUGAGCAUCGGAUAAAGCGUCUAGUCGUUGCUACUGGCAUGGACAAAAGUAAGAAGGAUAUCUUACCCUCUGCCGAGAUUCGAGUCAGCGGUACUGCUGCUCAAAAAGUAAAUGGGGAAUAUGUUUGUCAUAAGAAUUUUGUAACAGUGACCUCCGAAUUUAUCGAUGGUGUAGCUGACUGCAAUGAUCUCGAUAGGCCACUCGAUUUUCCUGUCAAGUGCAUUAAAGUUAUCAUUUCUGAGAAUCAAAAUUCUUGGAUCAUUUUCAGGGAAAUUGCAGUAUUUCUGUCCCGAAAUCAUUGA